AUGGCGCUCCCCAUGAGAGCGUUUGGCGGCGUGAAGAUUGUGGUGCGACAUUCUUUCCAUCAACGAACAGUCUUCCGAGUGGACCUGGUGAACAUUUGGCCAUGCAGACAUGCAAGAUGUCUGAGUUCAGUCCCUGGCCCACCUAUUGAUCAUGACCACGUCAGUCCACCAGGGCGUCUGAAGAAAUAUGUGGUGGACAAAUUCAUGCGUUAUGUUGAUCGCUAUGAAACAAUUCUGGGUAAAAGAUAUCCUAAAGUCUACAAAGUGUACAAGGUUUUUACUAGAGGUAUGAGGGACUUUAUGUAUGCCCACUCUUAUUACAACACGAGUACGUCACUCUGGGCAGGAGAAAGUCUGAGUUCCUUCUCGCGGAAAGAACUGGAGAUAUACAGACAGGUCAAAAUCAUCAGCAGAGCCCCUCCGGAGGGCUCCUCGAGACUGGUGAAGAUGGCCCCCAUGUUACUAGUGACAGCACUGCCCCUUGUCCCAUAUGCUUUAUUUCCCAUAGCAUAUUUGUUCCCAAGAUAUUUUUUGACGUCUCAUUUCUGGACAGAUGAACAGAAGACGGAGUUUUCCCGAUUAGCCCACAAGAAAAGGAUCCAGCAUUUUCCUGCCAUUUUAGAUUAUCUUCAUAACCAGUGCCGUUAUGUGGAGAGGUCAAAGGAUAAAGAUUUGCUCAAGUCACAACUUAGAAGACUGGAAAGAUUUGAAAGCCUGAAGGUGGACGAUAUUCUAAGGAUAAAGCCAUAUUUUGAGAAAUUCCCUUACCAGCUGGAGCGGCUGUCCAUAGCACAUUUGCGUCAUUUAGGGAGGAGUUUAGGGAUGUCCCUGCGACGCUCCAAGCUGCUGGAAGAAGCUGUGUUACUUCAGCAUAUAGACAAGGCUAUGGUGAGAGAGGGAAUUGACAAGAUGACAGACACAGAACUAGAGAAGGCCUGUUUCUGGAGGGGGUUGAAUCCUGUGGGGCUGAAGAGACAGGAGAGAAUAGCCUACCUCAGACAGUGGACACAGAUCACAUCCAGUAUAGAUGAGACUUCCAUUUCCCUGUUACUGCACAGUCCAGUGUUAUUAGCCUACAGCCAGCCCACCAAUAGAAUUUUCAUGAGCCAAAAGCUGCGAUGGAGAAAAAGGAGACGAGGAAAAUAACCUGUUUAGCUGGGGAAAAUUUUAAAUGUAGGGAUAGAUUUGAAAUCUCAGGAAAGCCUUACAAUUCAAAACGUCAUCCUUAUUUGACCAAUUCAUUACAUUUUGAAAUAAAUUCACAAAAGUUGAAAUUUACCACAAAAUGUCACUGCCCAAUAAGAUCACUUGACCUUUGACACUGACUGAUCUUUCUUAAUUUUCGUUAGUCCUUCAGUUGAGUGAAGGAAAACAUGAUCAUGUUGUUCUGAGACUCGUUUUCAUGUAAAUGUGUAGCACCUAGGGGAAGCCUUAUUUUAGGUGGUUGGUUGUUUAUAAAUGCAGGUAAAGGUCAUCAUACUCAAGAGCUCAAGAUGCGAUUCAACUCGGCUGAAUUGGUCGUACGCCAUUGGUUCUAGUGGCUGGUGACCAUAAGACUAUAAAAUUGACUAGCAUACGUGUGACGACUCUAGUACGACUCCAGUUUAGUUGCGUCAUUAUUUUGUAUACGCAAAUAAUUGGGACCCAGCGCAGGAGUCCGGUUGGGUCAUAAGCCCUGGUGACCUUAAAGGUGGAGAAAACAUAAAAAUGACAUAAAGCUGAGAUGAAAGAGUGCGGAAAGUUAUUCCUAAGUGUGGUCAAUAUUUAUCUGAUUUUUCCUUAAGGAGAAAAAGACACUUAAAAAAAUAUUUUUUGUAUGGUGGGUUUUUGGUAAUUUUGAUCUUUGUUUAAUAAUGUCAUAAAUGAAGAGGUUUAAUAAAUAGUUUUGCACUAGAAUUUGUUCUUUUCAGCUAACAAAUGUAUGAAACCUCAAUUUGGAUCAUAUUUAUAUUUUUAAUAUGAUCAUAAAUAUUAUCAUAAUUUAGGUUAAAUGCAUAUGUUUCGAUAUAAACAACAAAUUUACAUUCAAAUAAAUUUAUUAGACAAGCAUCACAUCCUUAUUUAGAACAUUAUUAUGCAACACCGAUAAAUACAAAAAGUUGGUCCCAAAUACACACCAUACAAAAAUAUUUUCAAAUACCCUUUUCUCGUGAAAAAAAAAAAAAAAAAAAUAAAUAUUAAAGGUCAUAUUUGCAAAUAAGUUUUGAUGCUCUUUCAUCUGAUUUUGGCAUCAUUUUUAUGUUUUCUUCUACUUUAAGAUAACAAAACUUAAAUGUUGAUAUGGCACAGGCCAGUCAUACUAGCACUUGUUUAACUCUGUUGGCAUAACCCAAAUUAAACCGGCUGCACACCAGAGGAUCGGCGUCAGAUUUGAACCCUGAAUUCAUUUGGCCGAAAAACUUUCUUAGCACUACAUCACUGUAUACAAAGUAUGGCCCAAAAAACAUGUUGAGGCCAUCAUUUGUUUUGGUACCUUCUGUAGGAGCCUAUUUUGUGAAUAGACCGAUGGAAUGUUCGAACUGGAGCUCCCACAUAUGUUUAUAGAGAAGCCAGAGUAGGUAAACAGGUAUGUAACUGAAAUGCUUAGCCAUCGUGUAUGUGCACAAAACUCUUACCAGUUAGAAUCUAAUGUUGGUUUUGGUGUGGGAUACCUGUUGGUAUCAUUUUUGCUGGCUCAGUUGCAGGUAGAAAUCUGAAUUUUUGUAGGAUCGUGUAAGUGUGAUAUUGAGCUGCAUCAGCGUCCAAACAUUUGUGUGUAGAAAGAUUGAUCAAAUAAUAAUUGUGAACAUUGUCAUUCCUAAAUUAUUACAAAUUUUACAAAGUUUUUAUAAUCUGUUUUUACAAGUCUUGGAGGAUCAUUCUGGAGCAGAUUUUUUUUGUCAUUUCAACUUUACAUUACAUGAACGUUGCGGACAAGUGUCACACUGUAUUCUCAAAUGCUUUAGAUGUCAUCCAUUGUCAGCAGUAUUGUGUCACUUCAUGUCACAUCAGGAAUGUUGUCACAUUAAGUCAGGUGAAUUGUAAUGAAACUAUCGAAGGUUUUUUUUUUUGAUGACAGUAUGUUUCUACACAUUAAAGUGUGUUCUUCAUCGUACCUCUUUUUGAACCUCUUAGAAUUCAUGUGGUCUGUUUGUCAUUAAAGGGAAACUGACAUAGGUUGGCUGACAGUGGGGGUAUAGGAUUCCCUGGGUUAAAGCCGUCAGCCUUGGUCAUGCCUGAACAACUGUACUGUACCUAAUCAGCUUUAAUGGCCUUUUUUUUUUUUAACAGCAACUUUUCUGAUGUGGUGAUCUACUUCUUUAAGUCCGGACAUAGUUUUCUACACCAUUAAGCCUUUAUAUUACUGGUGAAAUAGUUGGUGUGAGUACAGCUAAAACACAAGUAUGUAAACUUUUGUCAUACAUGUACAGUCGUGUAUGGUAAUGAGUUUUCACGCAUAAAACUACCUAACACAGAAUGUUGAAGGACCAGACAUGCCAAAGGGGCUGGUUUAGGAUACUACAUGUAUACAUGUAUUUGCAUCCGUCUUUCUUGGUGAAUU